ACGUCAUGAUAGAGCAUGCGCAGUGGAGUCGAUCUGUUCAGCACUUCCUUUAACACAAAUUUGAGCUCUUAUGGCUGUCAGAUGCUUCUGAUCUCAUGGCAUCAUCCUCUGAGGUGAACGUCCACAUGGAGGAGGUGGUGGUGGUCACGACCCCGGACACCGUCGGUCAGACUCCCUCCUCAGACGAGGAGAAGAACAUACUGGUGGCUACAGACCUGGAACAGUCUGGGGAAAACAUUAUGGAGCAUUCCAUGGAGUCAGAGGCUGAGUCUAGCACCAGCAUCUCCCUACCUAAAGAGACUGUCUUGGUGAAACUUUCUGAAGAUGUGGAUGCAGAUAUUUUAUACCCAAUAACAUGUGGAGACAGCAAAGCCAACCUCGUAUGGAAAAAAUUUGUGUGUCCUGGCAUCAACAUCAAAUGUGUGCAGUUGAAUGAGCACCUGAUCAGUCCAAAGGAGUUUGUGUACCUGGCGGGUAAAUCCACACUGAAGGACUGGAAGAGAGCCAUUCGCCUCAAUGGGACCAUGUUAAGGAAGAUCAUGGAUUCAGGUGAGCUGGACUUUUACCAGCACUCCAGAUUCUGUUCUAACACCUGCCGCAGUACCAAAAUUGAUCUGGUGGGGUCGCGAGCAUCUCUCAGCAGCCAGCAGUCCACAGAGACUACCCCUGCAACCCCCGCUUCAGUGGACGUGAAUGGAUGCUCAGCUACAUUUUCCUCAGACACUAAUGAGGACAGCACGGAAUGGGUCACGGCCAUAGGAGAGGACACCAUGACAUUCUGGAGAGGGCUGAAGGAUGCUGGGUUGUUGGAUGAAGUCAUGGAAGACCUGCAGACAGAAAUCCAGGAGAUCCUCAAGGGUCUGGAGGAACGUAUUCAAGACCCACCACUGCAGGUUAAAGAUGCAGCUCUGCUCAACAAUAUAGUUCAGAACUUUGGGAUGUUGGACCUGGUGAAGAAAGUUCUUGCCGGUCACAAAAGCCAGAUGGACCGCUGUAGAGAGCAGUACACUCGCAGCUUAGUGGCCCUAGAGCAACAGUGCGACGAACAUCGCAAGCGCGCCAAAGAACUGAAGAGCAAAUCGCAACACCUCAACAACGUCUUGAUGACCCUGACCCCUGUGACCUCACCUCCGACUUCCAAACGCCCUCGCCUGACCCGCGCCAUCUCCGGCCCCGCCACAGUGGCUGCCACAUCCGCGCAGCCCACCCACUUCACCCUGCCCAUCACUCAGCUCGCCGGCAUCCCAUUGGACAAAGUGCUGUCUGCCCCAGGGCAGUCUCCUCUGAUUGGUGGAUACACAGUGCUGACGUCACCCGGAGGGGCCGAACUUCAGUGCGAUGGUUCGAAUCUAACGAUGCUGAGCGCUGCCGCUGUACCGGAAGGCACCACGGGACCCACUAUUGUCAAAGUGGUCAGUCCAUUUCAGCUGGUCACGCUACCCACAGUGGGAGCUGGAGCCGCGAUACAGAACCUGGCAGCACCGGUAGGGAGAGCGGCAGGCAACACUGUAGUUGCUGUGCCUGUUAGUACGGUUAGUGCUGUGGGUACCGCAAACACUGCUUCCGUGGAGACUGUUAAGCCGCAGGCAGAACAGACUGCAGAGCGCAGUGACGACCAGAAGGAGGAGGAGUGAAAUUCUCUUGCAAAGCUUCGUUUUACCAAAUGUCAGUGUGUCAUAUAAUUUGUAUACUCAGGAUGAACUUGUGUCGUUUGGCAUGGAGACUGAUGACUCUGCCUUGCCAGCGGUAUUGUUGAGAUAUUUGUAUCUUUUUGACAAAACUAGCAUGACAUGAUUUGAAAUGUAAAUCUUUUGUUGUGUUUCAUUUGAUUGAUUUUGUAAUUGUAACCUUUUUACAAUGUUGUGAAAAAUAGAUGGACAGAGGCUUCUGAAAGAGACAUUUUGUACGAAACAAGAUUUGACUAAGUAAUAUUUCGUGUUCAAUACAAAUGAAGCGCAGUUAACAGCAUUUGUGGCGUAAUGUUGAUUACCACAACAAUUAUUUUCAAAUCGUCCCUCCUUAAUAAAAAAAAAAAAGCGGUUACAGUAAGGGACUUGAGACAAUGCAAGUGAAUGGUGCCAAUCCAUAAAUGCUGAAAUACACAUAGAUUAAAAAGGUAAGCCACAAGACAUAAACAUUAUGUGUGUUAACAUGAUUUUAGUGGGAUAAAAUCGCUUACUACGCAUAUAUGUGUAAAAUUAUAUCCAGUACAGGGAUUACAGGGUUUUGUUGCCAUUGCAACAAAGUUGUAAUAUUGGCUAUAACUUUACACAUUUAAGGUAUGUAUGCGAUUUUAUCCCGCUAAAAUCAUGUUGACACGUGUAAUGUUUACAUCUUGUCGCUAUACUUUUAAAACACAGUGUGUAUUUUAACGUUUACGGAUUGGCCUCAUUCACUUCCACUGUAAGUGCCUCACUAUAACCCAGUUUUAUUUUGUUUUUUAAAUAAAUGAGGAUCAAUUCGGAAUCAUUUUUUAUGGAAUUCAACAUUAUGCCAAAAUGCUGUUAAUCCAUCUUAAUUUGUAUUAAACCUGGAAUAUUCCUUUAAUUUUGUACUUCAUGUUUAUUUAAAAAUAUUAAUUUCACAAUGUACGUUACAUUUUUCUUCCCCCCUAAUCUUUUCGCAUUUUACAUCUUAGUUGUCUUGAAGGUACUUUUACAUUGAUAUCUGUACAAGGUGAAGAUAAUUCAUUUGACCUGUUAUUUAAAAACCGAUUACUUUAAAAUGUUUUAGACCGUAUGAAUCUUUUCUUUCAAAAUAAAUACAAAUGAUGGUGUUUAUUUAAA